AGUGGGCUGCAAGCGUUGCCAUGGUAUUAACUGAUUCACCACUGCAGCUAAAGGGACGCCCAGACGCUAUUUCAAAUUCAAACAAAGCGUUGAAACAAUACAAAAGCAUUACUCCGAAAGGAAUUUUGAAGUUCAAGGUCGACUUUGGAGUCUGAAGAACAAAACACAAAGCAGAACACCUGCCAGCUCAGAUGAGUCGAAACGAAAAAAAAAAAAAAAUCCUGAAAAAAUAGCGGCUUGUACAAACAAAUGAGCCUUGUUUUGGUACGUGCUUAAGCGGGUCUGAGAAAAGCGAAAAAGGAUUACCAAGGUUAUUUGGUAAAUACGAGAACGUGUAAAAAAAAAUGUCUGUGAAUUCCUGUUCCAGUUUCUUUUCUUUGUUAAGCUUCGGAGAUCUCUCUCCCAGGGGAUUUCACAUCAGUGUUUGAUAGUCUGGCACUGGAGUAAACUGCAGAACUCUCCUCAGCUGCUAUGAUUUCCUGCUGUCUACGUAAAUACUGCCAGUUUCUAAUAAAGAUGGUCUACACUGUAUGCAUGAUCAGUGCUACGAUUGGAACGUGUGAGUCUGCAAGUAACAAGUGUACAUCUUCCUCUAUAUCAAGCUGCAAUGACUGUCUGUACCGUGGACCAGAAUGUGGAUGGUGUUUUCAAGAGGAUUUCCUGGUUGGAACAGCACUGUAUGAAAGAUGUGACCUUGUCUCCAACCUAAUUAAGAAAGGCUGUAUGUCAGAUUUUAUUGAGUCUCCCUUAGCGAAGGUAGUGGUGAAUGCCGCCUCAACAAGCUCACAGGUCACACCAAGAGAUGUUUCAAUACAUCUGCGGCCAGGCAGUGAAGUAAACUUUAUUUUGGAAGUACACCAACUGGAAAGAUACCCUGUGGACAUGUACUAUUUGGUGGAUGUGUCUGCAUCGAUGCAAGAAAGUUUAGAUAAACUGAAGUCUGUGGGAUUUUCUCUGUUGCAAAAAAUGGAAGAAUUUUCCAGUGACUUUCGGCUUGGCUUUGGAUCAUUUGUGGACAAGCCGGUUUCCCCUUACAUUAAUGUCCAUCCACCUAAAAUCGCGAAUCCCUGCAGUGACUAUGAUAUACAGUGCAGGCCAGCACAUGGGUUUAUCCACGUGCUUUCUCUUACUGAAAACAUCACAGAGUUUACAAGAGUGGUUCAACAGCAGCGCAUUUCUGGAAACAUGGACACACCAGAAGGAGGUUUUGAUGCUAUGUUCCAGGCAGCUGUGUGUCAGAGCCAUGUAGGUUGGCGUAAAGAAGCUAAACAUUUACUACUUGUGAUGACCGAUCAACCUUCUCAUCUGGCACUUGACAGCAAGUUAGCGGGAAUCGUUGUACCUCAUGAUGGAAACUGUCACCUGGUUAAUAAUACAUAUAGUGAGACAGCUAAUAUGGAACAUCCAACUAUAGGACAACUGGCUGAAAAGUUAUUGCAAAACAGCAUUUAUUCUAUUUUUGCCAUAGAAGGACAACAAUAUACGUGGUAUGAGGAUCUCAUUCCAUUACUGCCAGGUACUGUGGUUGGAAAACUUGAAUCAAAGGCAUCCAAUCUGAAAGAGUUAGUGGUAGAUGCAUACAAGAAACUCUUAUCUGAGGUGGAAUUGCAGGUGGAAAGCCUGAUAAAAGGGGUGUCUGUUAACGUCACUGCCAUCUGUCCUGAUGGGUCAACAUUUCUAGGCCUGAAUAAAUGUGGAAAUGUGAAACCAAAUGAAAAAGUUCUUUUCAAUAUAACGGUUGGAAUGCAGGAGUGUCACGGUGUGGGAGAUGAAGCAUAUAUAUUCCUAAAGCCUUUUGGGUUUAAUGAAACCACCAAAGUGCGAAUCCAGAGGUCCUGCUCAUGCCGGUGCAGCAGUGCAACAGAGCACACUCCUGGAAGCUGCUUGGAUGAAACGACUCCUCAGGACUGUGAAAACUGCAGGUGCAAGAAGGAUGACCAGCCUCCUUUAAGAGAUUGUCAGGCAGACCAAAUGCAGCCCGUCUGCAGUGGUCGAGGUCUUUGUUUAUGUGGAAAAUGCUUAUGUGACCAAAGCAGCCUGGGAAGAAUCUAUGGCAAAUACUGUGAAAUGGAUGGCUUUUCUUGCCCCUAUCACCAAGGACUUAUUUGUGGUGGUCAUGGUCAGUGUAUAUUUGGCAAGUGCGAAUGCAGCAGUGGCUGGGAGGGUGAAAAUUGUAACUGUUCUGUCUCUACUGAGUCCUGUUUGACGGCAGACUCUCGGAUCUGCAGUGGAAGAGGGAACUGUGUCUGUGGACAAUGCCAGUGUGAAGAUCCAAGAAGUUCAGGUCAAUUCUGUGAACUGUGUCCAACCUGCAAAAGCUCGUGUGAAACAAACCGGAAAUGUGUACAGUGCCACUUGUUUAAUGACUUUUCUGAAACUAAAACAACACAGUGCAACACGACCUGCUCCCCAUUGGUACAUUAUGUCAGUCAUAUCUUCGACUCAGAAAGUGAAACUUUUAAAUACUGUCUUUAUCUAACGAAAGAAAAAUGCCACUAUAAAUUUCAAAUGGAACCUAUCUUUGGAGAAAAACAGAUUCAAAUCUUCAGAUACCCAGAAUGUUUAACUGAGCGGAGUUACUUUCCUACAUUUAUCAUGUUCUUCAUUAUGACGGUGGUGAUUGGAGUGAUGGCAAUAGGAAUCUUGAAAUACGCUGUGAUGCGAGAGAACCGUGUGAAAGUCGAGUCUCCGGUUGAUGUCUAUAGUUUAUCAACAAAGAAGGACUGCAUUCCUACUGCAAAUGAGAAGACAAUAACAUACAGAAGAGACAGACCAGGAGAGAUGCAUAUCCACAUCCACAAAAUGCCAUUGAAUGAUGUCUGACAACAAGUAAAUACACACUGGUGAAUAAUACAAUAGAAGCAUCUAAAAUGUGAAUAUGGAUUUCCCAACUUAUAUAUAAUUUUUUUUUUUUUAAAUUAUGUUUGUACUUUAUGGCUAAAAAAGUCUACUUCAAAGCAUACCUGUCAACAUUGAGUAUUCAAAAUACAAGAGCUUUUGUAAACUGAACUCUCAUACCUGUCAACUUUUAAAAAUACAAAAUCAAGCGCGGGGGUGGGGGUGGGGGUGGGUUGCAGCUGUGUGGCUAAGCAUGUGAACUUGCUUCCUGCACUGAAUGCAUGCCUGCCUGCCACAGGACUCCCCUGGGUCCUAAACCCUGCUACUACAGACUGAAAUUGCAAGAAUGUUGUAGAUAUUAAAGGUUUGCUGAUAUAAGGGGGUUUAACAGUAGAAUAUGGGAGAGAAUCUGUCCCAGGAGGUGUCCAGGAGAAGGGUCCAAAAUACGGGAGACUCCCGGUGAAUACGGGAGAGUGGACAGUUCUGAAGCCACCAAAUUGAGAACAUUUGGGAUAAUCCUGAUGUUAAAUAAAAGUAGGCUACAUGUUUAAAUAUGUGAGGUAAUCAGCACACAUAUUUGUAUUUUUAUUGAUGUUUUUGUUUUGUAGAUUUUUUUUUAUGUUUUAAAUUUGACACCUCAUUG